AUGCCGCCUGCAUCGUCGUCGCCACCCCCGAUCCUCGCCAUUACGGCCACUUAUCUACACCUGCUGGCCCAACACCUUCCCCGACCAAUUCACGAAGUCCUCCAAAAGGUUCACCACCACAUUGCGCGCUUAUUCGCCGCCGUUGCCUCGUCUGCCAUAAUCGUCCGCAUACACUCGUUUAUCCCUACCAAGAUGCAUCGCCCGCUGGGCCUCUCAGCCUUCCUGGUCACGCUGUUCCUAAUAUUCGGAUUACCCGUCAUCCUCGCCCAGAGUGAGCCGUUCCACUGUUAUCCGUACCCGCCCACCGAUAAGCUCGCGAGUCGAUUCAUCACCCUGCAGCCGCACUGCUGUAAGGGCCCCAUCGACGACAAGCUGAGGGUUGGCACCGAUUGCGAAUUGGCGAAUGGAGAGAAGUACAAGACGAAGUUUGGGCAGAACCUGGGAACUUGCGCGACGGGCUGGGUGGACGCGUGUUGCAUGCGACUGCAUUACCCGCCCGAAAUUACCAGGCCACAAAUGUCCUACUGCGAUUCAGGCUUCCUCGUCAAGGCCGAGGCAAAGAAUAUCAUCGAAGCGCGAAGCUGGAACCCCAAGAAGCACAGGAUUUGA